UCCCGCCGCUGGAACUGAGUUUUGCUGCCGCCACUGGCGAGAAACAAACUUGCCGCCGGAAUCUCACCUUCAUCUUUUCAGUUUCGCAAAUCCCGGCGACAAUUGACACUCGCCUUCCUCUUUUUCCCCGGCAAUUCUUGGCCAAGAUUCGCCUUCCUUUUUUCCUCCGUGAUGAUCCCUCCACCAUCUUCAUCUGCUUUCCGAGCUCUCAAUCACCUUGUUUUGGUGUGGCGGCCGCGGCGAGGGAAUCGCCAUGGGAGCAAGGCAUCGGAAGGAGAUGGUUGGUCCAACCGCGACAAUCGGGCAGGGAUGGGUAGUCGUCGCCGGAGUAGGGACCGAGAUGGGUGGUCCAACGCGUGCAAACAAUCGGACGGACGGAGACCCUCGGUCCGACGUCGGAGUUCGGACGGGGUCCGAUCCCCGGCGUCGGACGGCAGCUGGUGACAUUUUUUAUGAAAUAUUAAUGAAUUUAUUAAUAAAACAUUUUAUUUUGAUUAAGAAUUUUUCGGAAGGAAUCUUUCCUAAUUAGCAACCUCUAAUUUUUUUUGGUAGUAAUAUCCUUAUUUUUCUAAUUAACUUCCAAAAUAAACUUCCUCAUCGAUAACACAAUAAACCCACGUCUAAGUCUUAACAAUAGGUUCCCUAAUUACACUCAAUUUAAUAUCCCACCCAUAUUUAACCAACGGAUCCCAAAAAGAAGGGUUUUUUGCCGUGAUUAAUCUUGCCUAGUUUUUAGCGGUAAUUAGGCUUAUAAAUUUUACCAUAAAAAACCUUCCCUAUUUAAUAUAAUUAAUAAUUAUUGUUUAUGUAAUUGACAAUAGAAACAAUCUUUCCUUAAUUAUCACGUCUAAGCCCAUAAUAAAUAAUAUUUUUAUUAUUAAUUAUUUUCCUCUUUGAUGCUACCAAGAGAAUAAAGAGGAACAUAAUUUAAUAAUUAAUUAACUAUUUUAAUAGUAGUAGGUGAGUUUAAUUUAAUCACUUAAAGUAAUUCUUUUUUAAUUUCUUUGCGUAAAAAUAGUUUAGUGAAUAAAUAUGGUGAGGUUGGAUUUUAAACAUGGAAUUAGCUAGAUUAAUUAAUAUUUAAUCUAAUCGGAACAACAAUAACAGUAAGAAAAAAUGAAAGCAUAGCUUCCCUUUCACACAUUCUACCUCUCUCAAACCCUAAACUCUAAUUCCCACCAAAUAGCUAUAGCUUCAAGCUCAAUCCAUCCAAUCUUACUACGACAUUAUCUUAGAGGUAAAAUCGUUUCUACUUCCACUAACAACAUUUUGUUUGCAUCAUUGAAAUAUACAUGAUAGGCUCAAGAAACACCUGUUUAUGAUUCACAGAGCCCCCCAAAAUCUCGAUCGAAAUUUUGGCACUAUUCAUCUUUUUUUGUCCAGGACGUCUAAUAGAGAAAUGGUCAAUUCCACCAUGUUCGUAUCCACAUUUUAGAGGAUCAACGAGGAUUUCAAUACUUUUUAAAUUGAUGGCUUUAGUAAUGCGAAAAUUAAUUUUAGUAUGUAAUAUCAAACUUCUCAUAGACAUUGAUUUUAUAUUUUAUAUUUACUGAUUUGGAUUGUUUUGUAGUAUUUAGAUAGAGAUAAAAUGAUUAUAGUAAUUGAAGGGAUUUAAUUCUUUCCCAAACCCACGUCUCAUACUCUCAUGAGUCAUUAUAUUCAACUAGUGUGGGCCCCGGCCAGUUGGCCGGAGGAAGGUAGGAUGGCAAUGGGUCGGGUUUUGCCAAAUUCAAAUUCAAAUUCAUGGGUUUAUCCGUGAAAAAAAUUCGGGGUAAAAUCUACUGGGUUUGAAAAACUCAAACCCAAUGAUUUUUCAUUCAUAAAGUGUUUUUCCCUGUGUUUUAUCGUAAAAAGUAAAAUUUAGCGUGCAUUUUUUUCAAAUAACAUGUAAGAGUGGGUCGACCCGCCCCGCCCUGUACCCGCGUGGGUAUUACCCACCCCACCCGGUGUGAGAUUGUGCGAGCCUUCACACGGCUUGCCCUGACAUCCACACGACCGUGUGAAGGAGUGGUUUGGCCGUGUGGAAUUGUGCGAGAGCAAACACGGGCAUGAUGGAAAUAACAAAUUAUCCAUAAAUAACAUGAUUAAUUGAAAGCUUCUUCCUUUCAAUUAAGUUUCUUCACUCUCCACUCGAUAACAUCAACUUCAUUCUACACAAUUAGAAAGAAAAAAUUAGACAGGUCUCCACAAACAUAAAUAAGAUAAGUUGUUUAGAAUAUUAAAUAUAUCGAGAAAAUUAAUUAUAUGGGUGUGGGCGGGUACCCAUGGGUCGGGUUUACCUAAACCCAAACCCAACCCAACCCGAUGAAUAUUGAACGGGUUUAAACCCAAACCCGGCCCAAAACCCGUCAACACGGAUUUUACCCGCGUUGACCGAGUUGGGUCGGGUGGGUACCCGUGGGUUCGGGUUUUGUUUCCAUCCCUAGAGGAAGGUGAGGUAUGAAAUUUGAUAAUGUACUGGGGUGUAUAACUUAUUGUUGUAUAGUUUUUUUGGGAAACACGUGAUAAAAAUAGUGAAUUUUAGCAGGAAAGAGACAUUAAUGAUGCAACAAAUCAAAAAUCGGCCUUAUGAACCAAAAUCAAGUACCUGUUACCUUGUGAAACAAUAUUGUUUCUGGUAAUAUGAUGAGGUGGAGUAAGUUUUAUAGAAACUGAAUUCCAUAAAAUCGAAUAAAAAAUCGCUUAUCCCGUCGGUUUUCGGGAAAUGAGCAUCUCACAAUCGUUGCUAGCUUUUACUCGGCCAGUUGGCCGAUUAAUUUGGUUUAUAAAACUUUCAUCUUGUCGUCAUUGUGCUUUCUGGUUUUUUUUUUCAGGCUAUGAUAAAAUCUAAGGAAAUCAAGAACGAACAACACGAUUUGGGAUAGGAACCGUCGUUGUCGUAUCCCUAGAAAAUGGUGGUAAACACGGACUCACCUGCCAAACUGGUUUGGAUUGAGAUUUUUAUCGGGUAUCAGGGAACCAUGUGAUUAUAAAUUAGACUUGAUCAAAAGGGGCCAAAACUUGAAAUGCAUCCUGUUUGACCGACCCAUGCCAAAUUCUAAUUAUUCUUUACUUUUAAACUUUUUAUUUGAAAAUAAAAAAUAGUGAAAGAAAAGAGAUGACUGCCAUUUGCACAUCACUUAUUCGGGAAUAAAACCAUAGAAAUUCG